AUGAGGUCACUCAACAUCUCAAUUAACCAUAACAGUCUGCAGGUGACCCACAAGGUGCUGGAAUCACAGUUAAUAAGGUCAGCUCCCACGAGUGAUGUGGUGAGCGCAGAAAAUAAGGCUCAGCUGAAAAGCAGGCGCUGUAAGAAAGCUCAUGGCGAGGUUGUACAUGUAGGAAACAAAAAUUCACUCCUGCCUCUGCCCGCGGCAGCUGCUCUGAGAGCUGCGGGCAGCCGUGCGUUGCUAUCGCUGUGGUCUCAGCACCGCCGAAAGCAGGGACAGGCACGGCCGAAGCGAGGCGGAAUCUCCCGCUUCCCAGUGGGCCCCACCCACGGCUCCGGCGGCCGUGAGGAGCCAAACUUCCUCGGGCUGGCGGGCGGCUCCUGGCCGCCUCCGCGCGCUCAUUCGGAGCGGGUGACGUCAGGCGCGUCACGUGCCGCCCGCCGUCACGCCGCGCGCGGGGCGCCCCUCCGCCAAUCCGGUGGCGCAGGUGCCGGCCGAGCGCGCCGUUCCGCCCGGGGCCGCCGGCCAAUCCCUUCCGCCGGCGGAGGAGGGACUUCCGCCGGGAGCCGGAAGCGGGUCUCUCAUGCGAGCGGGUGGUUGAGUCUCGGCUCGGAGACGUUUCGGGCCCCGCAGCCGCCGCCGCCGCCUCCUACCCCGCGCCCCCCCUCCCGCUGUGCUGCCGCCGCCCGCGCCUCGUCCCGGCCCCGCCCCGCUGCUCCGCUCUCCUCCUCCCGGCAUCCGGCGGCGGCGAGGCCCCGGCGGCGGCGGCGGCGCGGCGAGAGGCCCCGGCGCCAGCGGAAAGCCCGGCGGCGGCGAGAGGCCCCGGCGCCCGGCGGAGACCCCUGCGCCCACCCCUCUUCUCCCCGUCGAGGCUCGGCCCGAGGGCGGCGGCGGCUGCGACAGGUGAGCGCGAGGGGCCGCGGGGCCCAUCUGCGGCGGGAGGGGAAUGGCGGAGCCGGGGACCGCGGGCCCCUCCAGGGCCGCCCCUCGCGCCCCGGGGAGGCGGCCGGAGCCGCCAUCUUCCUACCCGAGGCGGCUCCCGGGGGAGCGGGAAGAGGAGGAGGAGGAGGAGGAGGAGGAGGAAGCGAAGGAGGAGGCAGCCGCCGGCUCGGGGCCUGGCUGGCGGCGGGACAGGGCGAGGCGCCGGGCCCGGCCUCCUCGGCGACGGAGAGGCAGCCGGGGGAGCGCUGCCGUGAGGCCGGCGGGGUGCCGCCGGAGGGCGGGCCUAAGGCACCGCGACGCGGCCGUGACCCCUUCCCGAGGAGCGCGGCUGGAGCGAGGCAGGCGCGGGCGGUGCCAACCCCUGACGGAGAGCUGCGCCCCGAAGAGGUGAAGGGGCUGCGCCGGAGCCGUGCGGGUUACGGAACGCGGGAGGAGGUCGCCGCACGGAGCGUGUUUUGCACCUGGGAUUCUCUUGUUGUUGGGCCUUUGCUGGCCGCUGCCGUCAAGUUGUUUUCACUCUCAGUUUCAGUUUGUGCAGAUGCUCGAAAUUACUACGUAGCUUUGCCCACUGUUUAG